AUGGAGUAUCAUACGUUACGAUCAAGAGCUUCUCAGGACACUCUUGUGUCCAACGCUUCUACUUCGCUCUCCCUGCUCGAACUGGAUCCAACACCAAUGGACUCUCCUGCCUCCGUCCCAUACACCGACAAAGACCUCCCACCACUACCUGAGCAGCCAGAAGAAUCACUCUCGGACUCGACACACUCGCUCCGGUCCAACCCGACAACUACUUCCAGCGUCGGGUUAAGCGGCGCCGGUCAUGGGCCAAUCUUCUACUUAACACGAAUCCAGCGCUACUCGUCGUACACAUUUUCGCUGUUCACGACCCUACAUCUGGCUACAACCUCGGUCAUCCCCGUCCUCGCCCGUUCCGUGCCCGCCUCCGAGUCUUACCUCCUCCUAGCGCGCGAGAUCUACCAAACACCACUCUCCGAACCGUUGCUCGUCGCUUUACCAGUCGUAGUCCACAUCGGUGCGGGGAUAGCCACCCGCCUUAUUCGAAGGUCGCAAAAUCUCAAGCGGUACUAUGGCGACGACCAUCAUCACAGAAAGGGCAGUGUGCCAGCAAAGCAGACCCCCACUCUGAGGAGCGGAUGGCCCACCUUCAGCUACAUUGCCGCGUCAGGAUACGGCUUCACCGCCAUCUUCGCGGCGCACGCAUUCAUGAAUCGGGGCUUGCCACUUCUAGUAGAAGGUGACAGUGCCAACAUCGGGUUGGCGUUCGUAGCGCAUGGGUUUGCGAAGCAUCCUGUUAUCUCCUGGACCUCGUUUGUGUCGUUGAUCGGUCUCGGUGUUGGGCACAUGGUCUGGGGGUGGGCGAAGUGGGUUGGGGCGGCGCAGGGUGCCGGUUGGCAGCUUGAGAGGCACACUGGGAAUGCGACGGUUGACAAGCAAACCAAGAAGAAGAGAAGGAGAAGGUUGUUGGUUAUCAAUGGAGUUGCUGCUAUUGGGUGCGUGAUGUGGGCUGCUGGUGGUCUUGGGAUAGUAGCCAGGGGGGGCGAGACAUUGGGGUGGGUUGGGAAGUUGUACGAUGGCCUGUACGAGAAGGUGCCUGGCCUCUUUUGA